AUGGGAUAUAAGAUAUAUUCUAACUCUGACUUAGUUCAAACAGUAACAUGGGCAAACUAUGAAUGGUUCGCUUUGAGAAACUCAGUACAACCACAAGCUAGAGAACAAACAGACCAGUAUGCAACUAUUGAGAAAAUAAGAAGACUUGACCCUAACGUUCCAGGAGUUUAUGUUAACCUUUCUGGACAAACUGCAGCAGCAGUAACCAAAGUAAAACUGAAACUUAGAGUUCCUUUGUCAUCUUUCCUCAUCUUCAGGUUUUUAAGAUACUUGCCAAACUGGGCAGGAAAAAUUUCUAUCGAACUUACUCCAAGCAAAAAUAACUUAGUCAUUGCACCAACACAAGACCCAUUCAGCAUUACUGUAGCUGGAACUGGUGGAGCCAAGUUCUGUGACUUUUGCAAAGACAAAGUUGACUUAGACUUUGGUUUCUCAAACCUCAACACUGAAGUAAACUAUUAUUUCAAUGCUGCUGGAGAUGCUUGGGACCCAGUUAAGUUCACAUGCGAACAGUUUGAAUGCAAGAGAAUAGAAAGCAGACUUGCCGUUUAUAUGUUGGACCCAGAUAUUUCAAAUGCUUUAGCUGCCAAAUAUAUUGCAGUUCCACUUAUGUUCCCUAUACACCAAAUAUCUGUCAAAGACUUUGCAGGUGAAGUUGGAAACCAAAAUCCAGGAGCCGCAGGUGCAAGAACAGAUAUUGCUUUAACAACUGCAAUGAAACAUGCAGAUACUAUGUUUGUACUGUUCAGACGAACUAUAAAUGACUAUUCUU